UCGCAUGAACUCAAGCCACAGGAUGGAUGCUUCACGUGCGCUGUGUUUGCUGCUGUUCUACAGAUUUCUGCCAAAAGUGUUAUCUGUGCAGAUGUGUGACAUGAUGAAUGAGAUUGAGCUGGAGAAAGAGCGAUGUGAGAAUAGCACUUCUGGCAACAUCACUUCAGGUUGUCAGGGCAUGUGGGAUAUCAUCGCCUGCUGGCCUUCAGCCAGGAUUGGAGAGGUGGUUACAAUAAGCUGCCCAGCCUAUUUCAGUUACUUCAGCGACCAACAAAAAGGUAACCUUUCCAAAACCUGCACAGCAGAUGGCUGGACUGAGAUGCAUCCCAUCGAUAUUGCCGUGAACUGUGGGUAUAACCUCAACAGCACGAGUGAUGAUGGAACAUUUUUCUGGCAGGUGAGGAUUGGCUACACCAUUGGCCACAGUGUUUCUCUCAUCUCUCUUAUCACAGCGAUUGUGAUCCUCUGCAUCUUCAGGAAGCUCCACUGCACAAGGAAUUACAUCCAUAUGCAUCUGUUUGUCUCGUUUAUUCUGAAGGCCAUUGCCGUGUUCAUCAAAGAUGUGGUCCUUUAUGAGGUCGGAGAGGUAGACAACUGCUCAUCGGGCUCUGUGAGUUAACAAUGUAUACAUUUCUGCCGUUGAAGGUUCCUGUAUGUAUUAAAAAAAACUUGCCACAGCCACAAGUUUAACAAUAUUUCCUGCAUCACCACUGAAGGUUCU